UUGCUGGUUAUGCUUGGCUGUGGAUUCCAGGAAACGGCAGCCACCCGUGCGCUGCUCUGCCUCUCGUCCUUGCGAGUUGCUCGCCGGCGGGUGACAACUCCGGCCUUCAAUCGGCGAUAGAAAACAAAGGAGAGUUUUACGACGGCCUUGAUUAAGCUGCAGGGUGACAUCUGAACCCCACGCUUAAUUUUCUCAUGACUCUGCGCAGUUACUUCCGAUCCCCUCCUCCCUUCCUCCCGUCGAGUUCGGUUGUUGGUAGCCUCCUUCAACUAUAACUUCGAUAUCUUGCGUGGGGACGAAGAGACUUGCGAGCAUUUUAGGUCGAAGUUCCAUCCCCUGGGCUUGGGCAUCAGCGGCCGCAACUUCUCCCUUUUCCUGACGACUCGUAACAGCGGUGACGGAAUCAUUUUUAUCUGUAUAUAGAAAAGAAAGCUUUGAUUCUCCUCUGUCUGUGAGCUUCAGCGAGGGAUUAUGGGCGAGGAUCUGUGAUAUUCAGCAAUAGCGUAACCUCCUCGUCGUCAAUCCGCAGCGAGUGUCCCCUUCGGCGAUCUGAGUAGUGCUCGACUUCCCUGGUCGGUUUUAGGGACUGCAGCAACUGUAGAGCCAAAAUCUUAUACCUGAGGACUGUUUGGAGCCAAUAGAGUUCCAACAACAGUGAAGCUUCAUAUUUGAUAGCCCUACAUCGUACUUCAACGCAGUUACUCAGAUUUCUGAAGUAACAGUAGAAUUAUCCACAUAAUGGCAAGCGAGAAAAUUUUAACUGUUUGCCAAUCUGGAGGUGAAUUUGUAAGAAAUACUGAUGGAUCCAUGUCUUAUUCCGGUGGUGAAGCACAUGCAAUUGAUAUUGACAGUGAAAUGUCUCUGGAAGAUUUGAAGUCAGAAAUAGCGUCUAUGUUUAACUUCAAUGAUGAACCUUUCUCAAUUAAGUACUUCCUGCCAAGAAACAAACGGACUCCCAUAACAAUAUCCAAUGAUAAAGACUUGAAGCGCAUGAUUGCUUAUCAUGCAAAUUCAGAUACAACUGACAUUUAUGUCACAAAGAUCAGCGAAAGCAGGAUAAUUAGGAGCGAUGUAGCUGAUUCAGGUACCUUGAUUAAUGCUGACAUUACACCACUAGCCAACUUUAAUGAAGCGAAGCGGAUAAAGGUAUGCAGCGAUUGGGACAAUUUAAUCACUGGUGUGGGGCAGGUAUUCUCUACUUCAAAGGAUUUCCGUGACGCAUUGCACAAGUAUGCCAUUGCUCAUAGUUUCAUGUAUAAACUUGUUAAAAAUGACCAAUCUCGUGUGACUGCUGAGUGCACUGUUGAGGAUUGCCCAUGGAGAAUACAUGCAUCUAGGUCAUCAGCCAAACAAAAAUUCAUGAUUAAGAAAAUAAAUCCUACUCACACAUGUGGAAAGGAACUUACUAAAGAAAGUCAUAAGCUUGCAUCUCAAAGAUGGGUGGCUAGUGUUAUAAAAGACAAGCUGCGAGAGAUACCUAACUAUAAGCCGAAGGACAUAGCAAAUGAUCUUGAACGAGAAUAUGGACUCAGUUUGAAUUACUCACAAGCUUGGCGUGGGAAAUCUAUUGCCAAGAAAGAGCUUUACAACCCAUUUGAGGAGGCUUGCAAUCAACUUUCGUGGUUCUGCGAGAGAAUAAUAGAGACCAACCCAGGUAGUGUUGCAACACUGCACAAAUCAGAUGAUUUAAGAUUUCGUUUUUUUGUUGCCUUUCAUGCCUCACUAUAUGGUUUUGAGCAUGGUUGCCGCCCUCUUCUUUUUCUUGACACUUUCUCACUGAAAGCAAAUAGACAUUUGAAGUUUUUAGCUGCAACUGCUGUUGAUGGCGAGAACGAUAUAUAUCCAGUUGCUUUCUCAGUUGUAGAUAUUGAGAAUAAUGAGACGUGGCAUUGGUUUUUGGAACAGCUCAAGUCUUCUUUUACUCUAUCCCGCGCUAUAACCUUCAUAUCAAAUGAUCAAAAUGGCAUGGAAGAGGAGUUGUCCAAGGUGUUUGAGGACAGCUUUCAUUGUUACAGUGAGCAAUACCUCAUUGAAAAUUUUCAGAAAGCGAUGGAGAGCUCCUGGUCACAAGAAGUGAAGGAUAAAAUGAUUGAUCAUCUUAAAAGUUCUAUUUAUGCUUAUACAGCGGACGAGUUCAAUGAUUGCAUAGAAAACAUCAGGAGUGAGUCAAAAGAACUUGCUGAAUGGGUACUGGGCACCAAACCUGAGACGUGGUCUGAUGCUUUCUUCAAGGGAUUGAGAUAUGGGCAAUACUCAUCUGUUGCUGUGGAGAAAUACAAUGACUGGUUGUCAGUAAGAUCUGAACCAUCAGUGCUCCAGAUAGUUGAUACUCUGAGGUGUAGCUUGAUGGAGAUGAUGUAUAGUCGCCGUGUCUCCUGUAAUACUUGGACUGAGGCUCUUGUACCCUCUGCCAAUCAGAAGGUGCAGGAGGACAUGAUCAGAGCCCAUUCUUUUGCAUUAGUGCGUCCAACUGGGACUGUAUUUGAGGUAAGUGACGAAUCAACUAAUGUCGUCAACACUGAAACCAAGGAAUGCACAUGCAGAAGGUGGCAGGUGAGCGGCUUGCCUUGUAUCCAUGCUCUUGCUGUAAUGGAGCACACUAAUGGAUGCAUAGAUGAGUACUGUUCCAAAUACUUUUCAAGUGAGUGCUAUCGCAUAGCUUACUCAUUGUCCAUCAACCCCAUACCUGAUGUUGGUAUGCCGGUUUGCUCUGACCCUUUUCAUAUUCCGGGUGCAUGUUCCCUCCGUGCCCGCCGGCUUGCUGGCCGACCAAAAGAAAAGCCAGAAGAACCAAGGAUUGCAAUUAAAAGACCUCUUCGUUGCAGCAAGUGCCAAGCCAUUGGCCACAACAAGAGGACAUGUGAAACAGAAACACAGUCUGUGUAACCAUGUAGCUUUGCAGUUGAUGUACAUUUUCUAUGUUUCAUUUGGAAAAAUGGAGUUCACUUAUUGUAAAUGUACUAAUGGAAUUUGUGAUGCUUAGACACGGUAGGAAUUGAUAUUUUGGUCUCUUCCGGUUCUUUCUUUACCAGCCCGAAGGCUUGUAGCUUCCAAAAAUAUUUAGCUUUUGCUAAUAUCAAGUGUAGUUGAUUGACAA